CUUGGUUGCUGCAGCUACUGCUGGGCUGAAUGGUGAAGGUCUGGGCUUGCAUGGGUCAUCUCGCAUGCAGCAGGUCUCACCCCAGGGCAGGAAGCACACUCCCCCCGGCCCAGCGGAGAUUCGCCAUGAGUCCCAUGAGCCACAGCCCUCACCAGGUAGAACGCGUUCCCGUGGCCCAGUGUGUGGUCAGGAAGUGAUAUGUACUCCUAUUUUGGGGAAAGGUUCAAGUGAAGUUGCCAUUGGGGUUGAUGGUAGUGUUGAUG